AUGGGACAUAUACGACCUGACUGCCCAAAGCGUCGGAAUAGUGUGACACCCCACGGGAAGACAACGAAUAACGGAUUUGGAAGGAGACCGGAAAAUAGGAAGGAGCUACCCAAGGGACAUGGUCGAGCUUACAAAAUGACCUUGGAGGAGGCCAAGGAAACGCCCGACGUCGUAUCCGGUAUGUUCCCUAUUAACAAUGUGUAUGCACAUGUAUUAUUUGAUUCGGGUGCAAACGGUAGUUUUGUAUCUACCACCUUCUGCCAAUAUCUGAAUAGGAGUGCCUGUAGACUAGACAAAACCUACACUAUAGAAACAGCCGACGGUAGUCAGUGUAAGGUAGACGAAGUAUUUGAUAAAUGCACAAUUGUUAUAGAUGGGAAGGAUUUCCCCGUUAGGAUGAUGCCGAUGUGCUUAGGAGGUUUUGACGUGGUCUUAGGGAUGGAUUGGCUGUCCAACAAUCAUGUGCAUACUAUCGUAUGCAAUAAAAAUAUGAUUAAGAUUCAAACUCCGGAAGGAGAAACAAUUCAUGUUUACGGUGAUCGAAAGAAGUGUGGCGUAGGGUUAAUCAAUGCAGUUAAGGCGAAUAGGUGUUUGCGGAAGGGAUGUGUGGCUUACUUGGCAUACACCAUCGACACCAAGCUCGAAAAGAAGGCAAUACAUGAUGUUCCAGUGGUAAGGGAUUACCCAGAAGUAUUUCCUGAUGAAUUACCGGGAAUACCACCGGAACGUCAGGUAGAGUUCCAAAUCGAUUUGGUACCAGGUGCGGUACCAAUCGCAAGGGCGCCCUAUCGCUUAGCCCCAACGGAAAUGCAAGAGCUGAUGAAGCAAUUGCAAGAACUCUUAGAUAAAGGAUAUCCAUUGCCAAGGAUCGACGACCUUUUCGAUCAGCUGCAAGGAGCCAACUGUUUCUCGAAAAUCGAUUUGAGGUCGGGUUAUCAUCAGUUGAAGGUUCAAGAAGAGGACGUGUCAAAGACCGCUUUUAGGACUCGUUAUGGACACUACGAAUUUGUGGUAAUACCGUUUGGAUUAACAAACGCACCUGCGGCAUUCAUGGACUUGAUGAAUCGAGUUUGUGGACCGUAUUUGGACCAAUUUGUCAUAGUCUUUAUAGAUGGCAUUUUGAUCUAUUCGAAAAAUGAUAAGGAGCACGAACAACAUUUAAGGUUGAUUCUCGAAUUACUAGGAAAGGAGCAAUUGUACGCCAAGUUCUUAAAAUGCAAGUUUUGGUUGCAUGAGGUACAAUUUCUCGGUCACGUAGUCAACACAGAAGGAAUCAAGGUGGAUCCGGCUAAGAUUGAUGCAGUUAUGAACUGGGAAUCACCAAAGUCAGUAUCGGAGAUCCGAAGUAAGGCAAAUGUAGUUGCCGAUGCGCUUAGUAGGAAAGAGAGAAACAGAUCAAUCAGAGUCCAAGCCAUGUGGAUGAGUGUUAAAGUGGAGCUUUUAGACCGAAUACGGGAUGUCCAAAAGGAAGCUCUACUCGAAACGAACAUCAAAAAGGAGAGAAUGAUUGGACAAAUUAAGACCUUGACAGCUGGACCAGAUGGAAUAUAUAGACAUGGGAAUCGGGUUUGGAUUCCUAGUUUGGGAGAUCUAAGAAAUGUAGUGAUGGACGAAGCACAUAAGUCUAAAUAUACUAUGCAUCCAGGUAGUAAUAAGAUGUACAAGAAUAUAAAAGAAAGCUAUGGGUGGCCUGGUAUGAAGAGGGCAGUAGCUGACUAUGUGGGGAGAUGUUUGACGUGCUUGAAGGUGAAGACCGAGCAUCAAAGACCGUCUGGAAUGUUACAAUAA